GCAGCCGCCCAUCGUUUCCGGUAUCGCCCCGUGUGCUUCUGGCUGACUUAACGCAGCUGUUGCACCGAGAGCGCAUCAACAGACUGAAAAAAAACACGAGGAGACAGCCAGGCCUCCUACAGCCUGCAGUCAAACUCUACAGCCGAGGAAACCUGUGUGUUGAACGUUAAAACAAACUUCAAGGCUAGGCUACAGAUAGGACGAUGAUCGACGGGGCUGAAUGUGAGCGUCCUACAUGACGAGGCUGAACUUUACCGAUCCUUCACACAUAGUCACACUGACUGACGGUGCAACAACAGCGCUGAUACCACUGCGGGCAUUGAGGUGGUUCCUCUGGAGUGUCAACGCCACGUACGACGAUAUACGAGACAAUAAAAUAAAAGCCCUAUGUGGGGUGGGAGGGUGCCGGUGCAGUGGAGCGGUGGCACCAGCCGAGUUGUGAAGUUCUAAACACAAUGUGAAACCAGCGAUGAUCAACUUGGUGGAAAGUUGGGAGAGGCGGCGCAUCAAAGGAAGUAUUUACAAAAAAGUGAUGUUUUUGGAGCACGCUACGGCGAACUCAGAUUAGCAUCAACGUCCUUUAGCGACGCCCAAAUCGUGCCCCGCAUACUAACCAAACUUAUUUAAAAAAAAAAAAAAAUGACGUGUGAAGUGGCCGUGGAAGAGCAAGAGAGGGAGAUCUCGGACAUAGAGCCGCAGGAGUGCUCCACGGCGGCGGAGAACGGAGUCCUGCUGGUGGUCAAUCACAGCCGGAUCAAGCCUCCGUUCAGCGUCGUGCUGGCCACCGUGCUCUACUGCGCAGAGUUCGUCUCCGCCGCCGUGCUCUGCAGCAUGUACCACAAGACCGACGACGACAUCUGGUUGGGCUUCACCAUCGCCUUCAUGCUGCUGCCCGCCGUGAUCAUCCAGUUGGCGCUGACGUUCAUCCACAGAGACCUGGGUCGGGACCGGCCCCUGGUUCUCUUCCUGCACCUGCUGAUGCUCGGCCCUGUCAUUAGGUGUUUCGAGGCUCUGGUGGUGUAUUUCAAGGCGGGUAAAAAGGAGGAGCCUUACGUCACCAUAUCCAGGAAGAUCAGUCUGAAGAAGGGACAGGGGAUGCCUAUGGAGUGGGAAAUCGGCCAAUCGGAGCGCAACCUGGCCACCCACAGAAACGCCUUCAAACGCACCGCGGUCAUCCAGGCUUUUCUAGGCUCUGCGCCUCAGCUGACGCUCCAGCUGUAUGCCACCAUACAGGAGAAAUACAUCCUCCCUGCAAGAUUGGCUCUGAUGAUCAUCACCCUGAUCUCCAUCACGUACGGGGCUCUUGUGUGCAGCGUUCUGGCCAUCCAGAUCCGAUACGACGACUACAAGGUGCGCUUGCGCCCUCUGGCCUACAUGUGCAUGAUCGUGUGGAGAGGGCUGGAGAUUGCCGCCCGGAUCACCGCUCUGGUCCUCUUCAGCACGGCGCUCACACACUGGAUGAUCCUCGUCGGCAUGUCUAACCUGCUCUUCUUCUUCUUCCUCCCCUGGGUUGAGUUCUGGGCCAGGAAAGGCUCGCUGACUCAGGACGUGGAGAAAAACUUCUCUAAGCUGGGCACCACGGUGGUGCUGUGCAUGUUUACGUUGCUCUACGCCUGCAUCAACGUCUUCUGCUGGUCGGCGGUGCAGCUGGACCUCUCGCAUCGAGAGCUCAUCGAGAGGAAGCAGCGCUGGGGCCGCCUGGCCAUGUACUACGGCGGCCGCUUCGUUGAGAACUUCGUCCUCAUCACGCUCUGGUACUUCUUCAAGUCGGACUUCUACGAGUACGUGUGUGCGCCGCUGCUGGCCAUCCAGCUGCUGAUCUGCUACAGCCUGGCCGUGCUCUUCAUGCUGCUCUUCUACCAGUUCUGCCACCCCUGCAGACGCCUCUUCAAGUACAACGUGCACGACUGCCUGCACUGCAUCUGCUGCCGUACAGGACGGAGGGAAGCGCGAGGUCGACGAGGGAAGCUGCCGCCCUCGUAUUCCACCGCCGCCACCAUGGUGCUGGUGCAGGAGGAGCCACUGGAGCUGCUGGACCCCCAAAACUCCCAACCCCUGGACCUCACCAGUCAGCUGGGAGAGCGGGAGACGGCUAUUGUUGAAGACAUGAUGGAAGCGGCCUGAGAAGGGCUUUGUGGGGAAUUAAAUUAACAAACUCUAGGUUCUCUAUUGCAAAAAAAAAAAAAUGCAUCUCAGCUGGCGCUGCAGGCUGCACCACUGAACAAGACCUCAAGUAUUUUUAACACAAAAACCAGAAUGAUUGUGUUUUUUGAGUUAACGGGGUGAUGUGUUGGAGAACAAACUUUUAUGUCUUUAGUGCACAAAACUUUACUAAUUCGUGGACGUGAGAGGGACUCAGGUUAACUCCUGGUGUCUUUAUUUUUAUUUAUUUUUUAUCUAGGGCGAUUCCGUUCACUUGGGCUACAGCGAGGCCCCAGCACACCAAAGAAUGUAGCACGUUGAGAUAUGCAGCCAUGCACAAAGGCCGCGUUGAGUGAGCAGCCGUGGGUCAUGUACUGGACUGAGCCAGGUGUGCGGGAAAUGUGCCAAGUGUGUCCCAAAGCCUGAGCGGGACAUCCCCAGUUACUUCCUCUCAGGGUUGUACGCCCCC